AUGAGAAGCUUAUUUAUUUUGUUUGGCUACCUUGUGUUUAAGUUAAAUUCUGNAUUUAAAUAUUUACUUUAGAUAAAACUGCAUAAGAAUGUGGUCUCUACACUCAAUUUCUUUAACGAUAGAUCACAAUUAAUUAGCGGGUCAUAUGGUUCAUCUAUUUUAAUUCAUUCCUUGAAUUUGUUAUCUAGUUCCAAACAUAUAGCAACACUGAAAGAACAUACUCGUUUAAUUACUUGUUUGGUUGUGAUUUAAAAUUCAGAAAACCUUCUUAUCAGUGGAUCAUCUGACAAGAAUAUUAAAUUUUGGACACAUUCAUAAAAUUCCUGUUGGAGUUGUACAUAAACAAUCAGCGAACACCUAGAUUAAGUAAAUGGAUUAUCUCUAAAUCAAGGGAAUAAGUAAUUGAUUUCCUGUGGUAGAGAUAAGUAAAUUUUAAUAAUGGAUAAGUCUGCUGAUUAAUUUUGGUAUGUUAAACAGAAGAUUCAAGAAAAUGGAUUUCGCAUAUCUUUUAUUACAACAGAUAUUUUUGCAUUCCAGCCUUUUGAUGGAACUCAUUUAUUUCUAUACACAUUGGAUCCUGCCACUGGACUUUUCAUAAAAUCAAGAGAACUUGCAGUUUCUAGAAGUGGGUAGGCCUGCUAGUAUUUUUUCCCUUAAGUCUAUGUUGCUUCUAAAUAACUCUUAGUCUCUAAAAAUGGAUAUUGGGUUAAUUUAAUAAAAUUCAACUUUCAUUCUUAAGGUUGGGACUGCAAAUUAGAAGUAGAAUUAAACUUUGAUUAAUCAGGUAAUUUUGGAAACAUUUUUGGAACAAUAAGCAAUAAUGGAGAAUUUUUGGUUACAUGGGAUUGCAAGUCUGGCACCAUAGAGUUUAGAAAAUUAAUAUAUAAAUAAUAAAUUGAAUGA